AUGUCUUAUAUUUAGAACAAUUUAUGUCUUAGAGGCAUUGAUGAAUUAAGAUAAGUAUUUAAAUAGGUUCAACCUCAAAUUAAAUAACCAAAUCAAUCUAGAGAAAUUGAAGUUGAUAGAGUAAUUGACACAACACACAUUCAUCAGAAUCAUUAUCAUCCAAUAUUCAUUAAAUAGCCAUAAUUCUUUUCUAUUACUUAUUAACCUUACAUAAUCAUUUAAAAUCAACUAAUAACAGAUAGUAAAUAAAAAAAAAAGAAGAAAAAAUGUAUCAUUGCAUUCUAAGAAUAAAUUCAAGUGUAAUAAAUUGUAAAUAGGAAUCUAAAUAGAGUAGAAUCACCUAAAAUUACUAUUGAAAAAGAAAUGACACAUUUGAAAUCAUUAAUAAGACAAAUUACAGUUUAAGGGCAACCUUCAUAAGUCUUAGAAUAUAAUAUAAGUGUUAGUAAAAUAGAAAAACCUAAAGAUAAUUCUGAAAUAAUUACAGUACUCUAAGCUCUUUAACCUUAACCUAUUUAAUUAUUAUAAAAAUGUUCCUGUCUUUAGAGAUGUUCCUAUUUACUAAAAUUUUCCAAUUUACAAAGAAGAACCAUCAUAUUCAGAACCAAUUGA